AUGCCUGCGUUGGACGGCCAGUCAGGUGCUAAGCACGACGAAGGUCAAGAUCUAUCCAGUGUGAAAGAAGACCCCCAGCAGGGACUCCUCAACCAAGUGUACGAAUGGCUCCAUCAUGAGAAGACCAGGCGACAGAAUCGUAAAGCACGCAAGUCCGAAGCCACAUCCUAUGCACCACCUGAAGACGACGCGCCGACAUCAGACGCCCCCUUAGAAAAACCUAGCUCAAGUCCCUCUUCUUCAGAGAACUCAUUCUCACUGGAUAAAUUGGAGAAAAUCCUCCUCCAAUAUGCGACCACCCGCCCAGAAUCUACUGUCGACUCAACCCAUCGCCAUCCAGUCAAAAAGCAGUCUCGCCGCCGUCUCAAGGGCCUACGAAGGGGCUCUGCCUCUGAGUCUGAACUCACAGAUGCUGAGGCGCCCCCACCAGGCGUGGAAGCUUACCUUGACAACACGAAGACACUUGCCUACACCGGCGGUGGCGCUGUAGAGGAGAAUGCCGACUCGAGCGCAAGUGUGAAGCAGUCGAAGGAUGCAGAGGCUUGGGUGACUUUCAAGACUGAAAUCGUCCGUAUUGUGCACACAUUGCAGCUGAAAGGCUGGCGCAAGGUCCCCGCGGAGCUUGCGGGAGAUAUCGAAGUGGUUCGACUCAGCGGUGCUCUUACCAACGCCGUGUAUGUAGUCGAGCCACCGAAGAAUCUACCCCCUCCGAAAUCCGACAGCAACACUCUAGUUUCGAGGAAGCCCCCACCAAAACUUCUCCUGCGUAUCUACGGCCCUCAGGUUGACCACCUGAUUGACCGAGAGAAGGAGCUACAGAUCCUUCGCCGCCUGGGAAAGAAGAACAUUGGCCCACGUAUCCUAGGAACCUUCUUGAAUGGCCGAUUCGAAGAAUACUUCGAGGCCCGCCCUCUUACACACAAGGAGCUGCGUAUGCCCGAAACAGCGAAACAGGUCGCCAAGCGCAUGAGAGAAUUGCACGAGGGCAUCACACUCCUCGAAGAGGAACGCGAGGGUGGACCUAUGAUCUUCAAAAACUGGGACAAGUGGGUGGAUCGUUGCGAACAAGUGACUACAUGGCUGGACAAGGAACUCGAGUCUCCUCAAAACGAGGCUAAGGCUGCAACAGAACCAUGGCGCCGCCGCGGCUACGUCUGCGGUGUAACAUGGGACGUGUUCCGCAAAGCUGUGGAAAACUACCGCAAGUGGUUGAUCGCUAGUUCCGGUGGUAUGUCCGAGAUUAAGCGUCAGCUAGUCUUCGCGCAUAAUGAUACGCAAUAUGGCAACCUGCUUCGCAUGGAGCCUGCUACACAAUCACCCCUACUUUUGCCCGCAAACGAACAUAAGCAGCUCGUUGUUAUCGACUUUGAAUAUUCAUCCGCCAACACUCCUGGCUUUGAGUUUGCUAAUCACUUUACUGAAUGGUGCUACAACUAUCACGACGAGGAGCGCUCAUGGGCCUGCAACAACCGUGCCUACCCAACACCCGAGCAGCAAUACCAAUUCGUCUCGACAUACCUUACUCACCGACCCGGUGCUGCCGGAACUAUCUCACCCCUGGCUACACCUACCAUUCGCGCUCGUGCCUCUGCUGCAAUCGCACCCCUCGACCUGGAUGAGGGCUCAGAUGGACCUUCCCAGUCUUUGCAAAAUGAGAAGUCUGUUGAGGAUGAGCACGACAAGGAAGUGAGAUUCCUCAUGCAACAGACUCGCUUGUGGCGAGUAAUGGGAUCCGCCCAGUGGGUCGCUUGGGGAAUUGUGCAGGCCAAGGUGCCUGGCAUGGAGGAAGGCAUAGCCGAAGCCCUCGCUGCGAAGGGAUUAAUUGAUACCGCGCCAAACGGCGACGGCGACGAGAACAAGCCUCCCGUGGAUGAAGGUGCCGACGAAGAAGGCGACUUUGAUUACCUGGCUUACUCGCAAGACCGCGCGAUGUUCUUCUGGUCCGAUCUCCUCGCAUUGAAUUUGGUCAAGGCAGAGGAACUGCCUGCGCCCCUGGUGGAACAUAUUCGCUCUCGACUUGUCGAAUACUGA